GGAGAACGGGGCAGAGGGAUAAAAUCCAGGCAGCGCAGGAGAUGCUGCGUUUCCAUAGCAACUGCGAAGAUUGUGGCUCGGGCGGGCGGGCGGUAGGGAGAGUUUUAUCCAGGACAGAGCAGAUAAAAUUAAAGUGGGCGGAGGAGGUGGAUGAACGAGGAUCGGGGCCCUUAGCCGGUGUGAGCAUGGGCACUAUUCGGGUCUAUUACACCAGUGUCACAGGAUCCAGGGAGGUGAGAGGAGAGGGUUUAGGCGAGAGGUAGAGACGGCUCCCACCCCCCCCCCCCCCGGGAUGCAGCGAUAGAGCCACCAAACGGAGGGUUGGGUAGGUGGGUCCAUCACCUGGCGCGGAAUAGGAGGGGCUCGUGGCACAGGUGUGGGCUGACUUAGAGGAAAUCCAUGGCACUCUGCACAUGCUCAAAUGCACCUUUUGGAAAAACAGGAGCCCAUUCCUUACUCUCAGCUACUUUGACUUUUGGCUGUACAUAUCUAUCUAGGCGCACGCACAAACCUUGCUCUCUUCUAAGUGGUGCUGGUGCCAGGCUAUUUCACGCCUUGGGCAAGGCUAACUACUUGGGUGCACUGCUUUCCCCUGCCCCGCAAAUUAAAAAAUGCUAACUUCAAUUUUCAAAAACAGACACCUUGUAGGAAAAAAUAUAUAUGAAAACUUGAAACUGCUACAUUUUAGAUUGCAGGAAUAAGCCAUACAACCAUCUUCGAUUAUGUUCCUGAAAUACGAAAGGAAGUGUUUUAGCACACAAAUCAUUUUGAAUACUCUUGUGAAAUGUGAUGUUGAAAUUUAUGUCUCUUAAAAGUUUCAGUUUCAGGCACAUCAAAAUCUAACUUUGCCUGCCUUUGGAAAUUUUGUCACUGAUUCCUCCAGGUCAAGUGCCAAAGUUUUGACAUGUUUGAUUGAUAUAGUUGCCAAGCCAACUAGUCUCUUUUGCCAAUAUUGUUGAGCCUAUGUAAGUUUUUAUAAAUUUUGAGCUUGAGAAACUUUCCUCAAAAGCAUAAAAGAAAAGCAAAAUGGUAUCAGAAAUGUAUAAGAUAUAACAAAAACUAAUCUGUGUAAAACUGUGCCCAUCAAAGGUCAGUACUAUACACCCACCUCUAUCUACAUCCUUGACUGCUGCCUAGUUGACCUUAUGAGAGCACCAGACCUGCCUCUAAGGGAGGGUUGUUCUGCACUUUUUCAGAGCAUUUAUUCAGAACACCACACUUUGCUAAGUCCUGGAACCCCAGUGCUUUGUGUCAACAUGCAAAUAGUUGACUACUCCGUUAGAAAAUCCAAAUAUUAUGCACUAUGUUUUCUUCUAACUGUCUGACCUGAUUUACCACCACCACCACCCAGCUCCAAUCUGACAUUGCUGGAGGAAUGUACAUACACACACUGCCUCACCUGUGACAGAAGGGGAAAAAACAAUACAGGGAAGGAAAGUCCCUUCAGCAAAUGGGAAGCUCUUCCUUAGAUAGCGGCAUGCAUAAUUAUGAUGAUGACAAAGCUACCUUGCACUUCUAGCUAAGACUGUCAUGCUAACCCCACUUACCUGUGAGGAAGCACCGUUUAACUUAACUUAAAACACUAAAACAGCAUCAUUAAAAACAAAGUCAAAUGAUAGAGGAUCCAGUUUUAGGGAUCAAUGGAAAACUGGGCAAAAAGUCUUUACGAAACUGAAGCAAAUAAUUGACAAUGCUUCACAAAUGGCACAGGGAAGGGCGUUCCAAAGCAACAGUGGGAAACAACCAUUAACAAGUCACCAUUCUAAGAUAUCUUGUAGGUUGUGGCAUCAUCAUAAAUUUUUCCCUGGAUGAUCUAAGUUGGUUUUCAGCACAUCCCCCAGACCACUUUCCCCUCUCCUCAGGCCACACUCCCUCACCUGCUCUACUCCUCACCCUCCUCGAGCGCUUUUGUUUGUGGCUGAAAUGUGUCUCUGAACUGUGAAAAUAGAUUCUAACUGGUCCUAGAGGUCUAUAUGGGGUAGGGGGUGAUUGUCCUUCAUGUAAGAGAGGCUCCAUGAUUCAGGGCUACCAUCUUCAACAGGAAUGUUUGUUUCUGCCUAGGUAAAGCAAAGGCAGUCUGAUGUCAUUCGCAUUCUGGAUGGAAACCGUAUGAAGUACCAGUUAGUGGAUGUGUCCAUCAGUGAAAGUUUGCUACAAGAGAUGAGGGACAAAGCUGGGAAGCCAGAUGCGAUUCCACCUCAAAUAUUUAAUGGAGAGGAGUAUUGUGGGGUAAGAGAUCAGGCUCUACACAAACACAAAGACACACACACGAAGCAGCUAAGAUACAUAAGAGACAACCUGCUGGAUCAGGCCAAAGCUCAAUGUACUGUUCUCACAGUAGCUAACCCACAAUUAUAUUUUAUCCAUUUGAACUAUUGUCUAUUGCAUUUUUAGCCCAAACUUCCUCAAAUGUCCAAGCACCAUUGCCUUCUGUCAAUGAUUCUUACAACAAUCCUGGAGGGCAAGUUGGGUUGAGAGAUAGUGACUGCUCCAGCAAGCCUUAUAAUUGACUGGAGAUUUUAAUCCAAGCCUCUCAGGUCCAAGCUUUUUCCAACCUGAUGUUCUCCAGCUGUUUUGGGACUACAGAUCCUGUAAGUUCAAGACAAUGGUCAGCAACGAUGGGAGUUGUAGUCCAGCAACAUCUGGAGAACACCAUCUUGGGUAAGGUGGCUGUAACCAUUACACAUACCAAACAGCAGAUUUGUUGGUUUCUUGAAUCUAUAUAAUGGGCUGUUUGCAUUUGUUUUUAGGAUUUUGAGAUGCUGUAUGAAGCAACUGAAAAUGAAGAAGUUAGGAAAUUCCUGAAGAUAGGAAGGGUAGACAAUGUUGCAAGAGAAGGGAUUUCCAUCUGAGAUGUGGCUCCACAUAGAUAUUAAAAUAUUGUCCAGUUUUUGACUUAGAUGAAAUUUGUGAAUUCUGCGUGUCAAAAAAAUUCCAAGAUAUAAAUACCUUAGUUGCACAAAUGACAAAUCAGCUUUUUGGAUAACGUUUGCUUCAAGUGCCAUGCCGUCUUCUCUGUGAAACAAUGUUCAGCACUACCUUCUUCAGAAGCUCAGUGGAAACACAUUGUUUUUAGCUAUGAAAAAACAUUUGAGUAUAGGUACUGGAAAAUAUUGCACAUCUGGAUGGAAUAUUAAAACGGCAGCCAAAAUCA